AUGCCUCCCCUCUCCACAACAGCACAGCUUCUCCUCGUCCUGCUGGCCGCAGCAAUACGGCCAGCAGCAGCCAUCCCCGCAACACCAACCGCCAAGACCACCGUCAGCACGACGUGCACAACCUCAUCGACCACGCACAACAGCCUGCUCGACCUCGGCUACCCGGGCUACGACACUAUGACCCGCAUCGCAACCACAACAACCACCAUCAUCGAGCCGCCUCUGCCCGCACCACCGCCCACGAUAACAGCCAACGGCCCCGUGGCCACCGUCCUCGAAACGCACAUGGUCGCGGGAACCGACACGACCUACCUGGUCCGCAGCAAGACGAGCACAUCAACCCGGUUCUCGGCCUGGAGCUACACCACCACCCGGACCUGGAUCGUACACCCCUUUACCGCGCAGCCAGGAUCCGCCGCGCCCGCCCCCGCCGCCCCUGCCGCCGCCGGCCCAACCCCCGUCUGCCCCGAGACGUCUUGCGCCAACCCGUCCGAGGAGGCCGACAAGGUCCGCUCGCAGCGGGAGGCGGCCGACUCGCGGUGCGCGGCGCGCAACAUGGAGACGGGGUGCCAGGCGCAGCAGUGCCAGGCACGCAGGGCGGGAGAGGGCGGCGAAGGAGGCGACAACUACUACCACUGGUGGUGCCUGCGCAUCAGCCAGAUGGACUUUGUCUUCCCCGAGCUGCGCAUGGGGAGAUCGUGCUGGUCCGCCGCCGACAACUCCUUCAUGCAGCUCAACGCGCCCUGCCUCGCCGCCGACUACCAGGCCGGUUGUCGGCCGUGCCGCGGGAGGGAUCUCGGUUGGAACGGCGCGAACUGGAUCGAGCCGCCGCUGUGA